AUGAAUCAAUUUAUUCUUCUUGUCUUAUUGUUUUUUACCGAACAUAUAAUUGCACAUGGUCCACCGACCCUUUUACCAGAUACGACUAAUUUCAACACAUUCGAUAUAAAUGAAAAUGAUCCUAUUGAAUUACAAUGUCCAGUUACUAAUAGUCCUGAUUUAUCUAUUCAGUGGUCAAAAAAUAACGAAGAUUUAGAUCCAAUGUGGUCAUCUUCAUCAAAUUUAGUUAUCAAACGAUUUUUAUUAAAAAUACGACAAGCACAUUUAACUGAUGCUGGUUUGUAUAAAUGUGAUGUUGUCAAUGGAUUUGGUAGUAUACAAGUACAAUUUCGAAUAAAUAUUAAAUCAGAUGGAGCAAUAUCAACUAAUGUUGAUAACAAUGAACCACAAAAUGUAAUGCCAUGGGAAGCAGAUUCAUUACAUGGAGAACCACCAGAAUUUGUUUCGCGAAGUGAUGAUGAUCAAACAGGACCGACUAAAGUUAUUCAACCAGAAGGUACAACUGUACGAUUGAAAUGUUUAGCAUCUGGUAAACCAUUACUAGAAAUACGAUGGAAAAAAAAUGGUAAAAUAUUAUCAGAAGAUGAAUAUGGUGUUACACAAAGUCAGAUAUUAAUUAUCAAAAAUUUACGACAGUCAGAUGCGGGUGUAACAUCUUCAACAAAUCUUAAUAAUCAUUUACUUUAUGUGAUUAUCGUAGCUCUUUGUGUACUUGUUGUUAUUCUAUUUUUUCUCUUUUGUUAUCGUCAUCGUCGUCGAAAAACGAAUCAUCAUCAUAGCCAACAUUCACAUUCCACCGAUGGUAUAAAAUUCUCUAUAAAACCUCGACAACCUCUAACACAUCAUAAUGGUCCUAUGGUUCCAUCGACAACCGCUCGAACAAGUAAUAAUUAUAUUGCGAAUACUGUUGAUUCAGUACCAAUUACGAGACAAUAUCAACAGCAACGACCUAUACCUACUCUCUCAUCGGAUCUUACAUCACCUGCGAAAUCUAGUUUGUAUUAUGCACGAGUACAAGCUUUUUAA